AUGCAAUUACGGCCGGCGAAGCUGCAAGACUUGUCCUUUAUUGCGGAAGUAGCUGCACAGGCAAUGCUAGACGACGAGUUGUUCAUCUUCCUGUGUCCUUUGCGGAAGGAAUUUUAUUCGGAUUAUCGCUCGGGAUUUUUACGACGGCUACGAACUAAGCUAACCUCUCCGGGAUGGGUGAUUAUUGUUGCAGAAGACACCCCCACGGCCACAUCUGGGGAAAUGUCGAUUGUUGGAUAUGCAGCAUGGGAACGAAUCAGAGAAUCCGGCGGAGAUCCUACUAGCCCGUGGAAAGAAAGUGGCUGGUGGGCUGAUCUUCAAGUCGCAUUUUCGAAACUCAGCGACAAUUGCGUCGCCCAUUUUUAUCCGGAUCGAAGUGUUGAUGAAUCUCACCUAGCCGAAUACAAUGCACGUAUUAAAACCGAGUGUUUUCCCUUUGAUCGCUUUCCGGAUAUUUGGUAUUUAUCCGCCUUAGCAGUUCAUCCAACUCGUCAGCGCCAUGGGAUAGGACAGAUGCUUGUUGAAUGGGGCAUGCAGCAGGCUCACAAGGAGAAAGUUCCUGUUGGAUUGGAGGCCAGUAUCAAAGGAACCAAGCUCUAUGAAAAACUGGGUUUCCAUACAGUGAACACCUUGCAACUGGUGGAUGACAUCAUCAUAAGAGCGAUGCUCUGGCAACCACCAGAUGGAACCUUCAUAGACUACUAG